GUUGGCGCCGUUGGCUUUCAGCAUCGCCGUCUUGACAUCCCAGACAAUAUAGAUCCUGCCAUUGCUGACAUUAUUAGGAAAUGCUGGCAAACCUGUUCUGUCUGUUUGGAUCAUGGCUUCUCUAUUCGGAUCAACUGCACUUCUCUCCCACCCACUUACCAGAACUUAUCACUUAGCUUCCUCACAGACGCCUCCACCUACUCAACCACAGCAAACUCCGCCGCCAUCUCCAUCUCUGAGCACUUCCUCAUUAGAGCAUCUAAAGCCAGCCCCAUCAAAGGUGGAGCAGCAGAGGCCUGCCACUCAUGUAGAAGCUACAGAAUGGGGUGCUUCAACCUUGACAAGGCGAUAUGGGCUCAGCGCUGGCCUUGCCUGUGCUGCUUUUCUCGCCGUUGGUAUAGUUUCCCAAGAAGAAGCAAAUAAAAGAAACGUUGAAAAGGAAGAGGAAGUAGUCCUACAAAAUGGCAUAAGGUACUACGAGACGAGGGUCGGCCGUGGCACCGUACCGAGGUCCGGGGACCUCGUUGUGAUUGAUCUCAAAGGGAAAGUACAAGACAGUAAUGACAUAUUUGUAGAUACAUUUGAGAAUGAGAGGAAGGCAUUGGCUAUGGUGAUGGGCUCAAGACCUUACUGCAAAGGAAUGUGUGAAGGUUUGGAAUAUGUUGUGAGAUCCAUGAAACCAGGCGGUAGGAGGAGAGUUAUAAUUCCUUAUGAUUUGGGGUUUGGAGAAAAAGGUGCUGAUUUAGGCACUGGCUUUCGAAUUCCUCCAUUUGCAACAUUAGAGUAUGUAGUUGAGAUUGAUGAGGCUUCCAUUGCAGCUGCUUGAGCUGUUCUUGGAUGCAUAUAGCUACACAGCACACCAUUCUUUCCCCUUUUUCUGCCUUGUAUUCAUGGAAAUAUAGAGGACAACAGGGAUCCUUUCAUU